AGUCAAGUUUGUUCUCUACUGAAUAAAGUUUGCCUUUCCUUUCUUUCAGUUCUGGGAAAUCCAGUUAAUGAUACAAAGGAGUGCAAACGUUAUGUGCUGAGUCAGUGGCAUGGGGGAAAUAGCAGCCAGGCUUCCUGGGCUCGCGUGGGUCUCCGUGGGAAUUGUGACACUAGACCAAUCAUCCUUCCUGAAAUCUCUGCCCUGAAGACUAGCAUAGCUGUCACUGAGCUGUUCUCUGUGCAAAGCCGUAUUGUUUUCUUCUGCAGAAUGAGAAGGAGCAGAUGGUGAUGUUAUGUCUGGAGAAAAAAGAAAUUAUAUAUAAGAUGUCAGAGUUCAGUUUGGGAACUCUGCUCUCGGGGGUCGCAGUCUUCCUGGGAUUGCCUGAACUCUCCGGUAUAAUUGAAGGUGAAGAGGUCUGGAGAUGUCAGGGAUGCGGGGACAGCAUCGCUGCUGGUCAGCGCCUCUACAAGACGGUUAACGAAGCUUGGCACGUCUCCUGUUUCCGGUGCUCUGAAUGUCAGGAUCCCCUCACUAACUGGUACUAUGAGAAGGAUGGAAAGUUGUACUGUCACAAAGACUACUGGGGGAAGUUUGGGGAAUCCUGCCAUGGCUGCUCUCUGCUGAUGACUGGACCUGUAAUGGUGGCUGGUGAAUACAAGUAUCACCCCGAGUGCUUUGCUUGUAUGAGCUGCAAAGUGAUCAUUGAAGAUGGGGACACUUACGCUCUGGUGCAACAUUCCACUCUCUACUGUGGAAAAUGCCAUAACCAGAUAGUGCUGACACCGAUGAUAGAAAAACACUCCACCGAGUCUCUGCGUGAGCAGCUGCCUUAUACACUGACCCUCAUCUCCAUGCCAGCAGCUACUGAUGGCAAGAGAGGGUUCUCUGUGUCUGUUGAAGGUGGCUGCUCCAGCUAUGCCACUGGUGUCCAGGUGAAAGAAGUUAACAGGAUGCACAUCAGCCCAGAUGUCCGAAAUGCCAUCCACCCUGCUGAUCGUAUCCUGGAGAUCAAUGGAGCUCCUAUUCGUACGUUACAGGUGGAGGAGGUGGAGGACUUGAUUCGCAAGACAAGCCAGACGCUUCAGCUGCUGAUAGAGCACGACCCCGUCUCGCAGCGCUUGGACCGGCUGCGUUUGGACUCCCGCCUUCCCACUCACAUCAAGCCACCCAUCUCCCCACGCUCCCUCUCUCCUCUGGACAUCAAGGAGAACCUGGAAGGAACGCUCCGGCGGCGCUCCCUCAGGCGAAGUAACAGCAUUUCUAAGUCUCCUGGCCCCAGUUCUCCAAAGGAACCUCUCCUUCUGAGCCGUGACAUCAGUCGUUCUGAAUCCCUACGUUCCUCUUCUAGCUGCUCCCAGCAAAUCUUCCGGCCCUGUGACCUAAUCCAUGGUGAAGUACUAGGAAAAGGAUUUUUUGGACAAGCAAUCAAGGUGACUCACAAAGCAACAGGAAAGGUGAUGGUGAUGAAGGAGCUGAUUCGCUGUGAUGAGGAAACACAGAAGACUUUCUUGACAGAGGUGAAAGUGAUGCGCAGUCUGGAUCACCCCAAUGUGCUGAAGUUCAUUGGUGUACUGUACAAAGACAAGAAGCUGAAUCUCCUCACAGAGUACAUUGAGGGAGGCACCCUGAAGGACUUCCUCCGCAAUGCAGACCCGUUUCCCUGGCAGCAGAAGGUCAGCUUUGCCAAAGGAAUUGCCUCUGGAAUGGCUUACUUGCACUCCAUGUGCAUCAUUCACAGAGACCUGAAUUCACACAAUUGCCUAAUCAAGUUGGACAGGACGGUGGUGGUGGCUGACUUCGGGCUGUCUCGGCUGAUUGUGGAGGAGAGAAAAAAGCCCACUUUGGAGAAGCCAUCGGCCAAGAAACGAACCCUACGCAAGAGUGACAGGAAGAAGCGCUACACGGUGGUUGGCAACCCCUACUGGAUGGCCCCAGAGAUGCUGAAUGGACAGAGCUAUGAUGAGACAGUGGACAUCUUUUCAUUUGGGAUUGUUCUCUGUGAGAUCAUAGGCCAGGUUUAUGCUGAUCCUGACUGUCUCCCACGCACACUGGAUUUUGGCCUUAAUGUCAAGCUGUUCUGGGAGAAGUUUGUUCCUGCUGACUGUCCUCCAGCCUUUUUCCCUCUGGCUGCUAUUUGCUGCAGACUGGAACCAGAGAGCAGGCCCCCUUUUUCCAAGCUGGAAGAUUCCUUUGAAGCUCUCUCUCUCUACCUGGGAGAACUUGCCAUCCCCCUUCCAUCUGAGCUGGAGGAGCUGGACCACAACGUGAGUGUGCAGUAUGGACUGAACCGUGACAAGCUACCUGAAAACACAACCUAGUCAGCCCAUCCUGCUGCCUGCACCAAUCCCAUUGGAGCUGAGAUGAGUGACAGGGAGGGAGAUGCACUUCAGCCACUUCCAGGGCAUUAAUGGGGCACCAUGCUGUGCAUUUGCUGCAUUGCCUCUCUCUCCCCACCCAGCACCCCUCCUCUUGGACAUCCUGAUCCACUGUGGAUUUCUGGCAUGUUUCAGAAGCAAAAAGGGCUGUUUCUUGCCAACUGCACCUAGGAAAGCUGCUCAACACUAUUUUUUUUAGCUAGAGAAAUGUUUCUCUGGCCUUUUCAGGCUUCUUUACUGUGGUGCCUUAGAACUUGGUUGCAAGCUGUGAAGCCACCCUGGCCUGCCUGCCAGGGAGGGAAUUGCUAUAGGAGACUCUCCUCAGCAAGGACCAGCACUUCUGGAACUGCUUCUCCCAGCGACUGCCCUGCUCAGAAAGCUGGGGAAAUUGGACAUCUGGCAGAAGGCCCCACCAGGACAGCGUGUGUGUGUAUGUUUGUGCAUGUGUUUUUCAGAACAACCCACUGAGAUUUUGGCCUCCAAUGUGCAUCAGAGGAGGGAGUGAAAAGCCCCAGGAAUUGGGCAGCUCUCCUGAAAUACCUUAUCUGUGGGGAAGAGUGUAUAAAUUUCUGUUUUGGUUUGUU